AUGCUGGGGCCGGGGGUCUGCGUGGCCCCUGAGCGGAUGGGGCUCUGCCUGCGUGGCUGGACCCGCCUGUGCGGAGACUCGCCAGACCGGGAGCACCGCAGGGCACCCGCCUUCUGCCCGGAGAGUCCCCAUGGAGCAGGGCGGUGGGAGCCCCAGGCUGGAGAGAAGGCAACGCCAGCAAAGGAGGCAGCUUCAGCUGCGCAGGACGAUGGAGGGCAGGCAGCGGCCGUUGAGGAGAAGGUGCCGACUGCUGCCAAGGCCCAGGAUGGAGGCAAGGAUGGGAAGGAAAAAGCUCCAGCUGCAGGAGAGCUCAAAGGAGGGAAGCCCCCUGUGGAAGGGAAGGCUCCAGCUGUAGCAGAGGCUCAGGAUGGAGGGAAGCACAAGCCCAGGAAGGAGCAAGCCCCUGGCGGGUUAGAGGCUGGGGUUGGUGGGAAAACAGAGCCCAUGGAGAAGGCGGCUCCGGCUGCAGCGGAGGCUGAAGGAGGGAAGGCAAAACCCGCAAAGGAGACGGCCUUGGCUGCAGCAGCACAGGCUCAGAAUGGACGCAAAGAAGAGCCUGCAAAGGAUAAAACCAUGGCUGCUGCAAAGGAAAAGCUCCCAGUGGCUCCAAAGGCUCAGGAUGGAGAGAAGAAAGUUGCAAAGGCAGAGAAAACCCCAGCUGAUAAAAAGCCUGCAAAGGAGAAGACUCCAGCUACUUCUCAGGAUGGAGAGAAGGCAGCAGCAAAGGCAGAGAAAACCCCAGCUGCAAAAAAGGCUCAGGAUGAAAGCAAAGAAAAGCCUGCGAAGGAGAAGGCUCCAGCUGCUGCAAAGGAGAAGGCUCCGGCUGCUGCAGAAAAAGCCCCAGCUGCAGCAGAGGCUGGGGAUGGAGGCAAGGAGCCCACAGAGGCAGCGGCCGUGGCUGCUGCGAAGGCUCAGGGUGAAGGGGAGAAAGCGGCAAAGGCGAUGGAUGAGCAGCAGCAACUGAGGGGCCCUGAGCCCCCGCGCCCAGUGCUGCUGCAGAGCCUGAGCUGCCCAGCCGCCUGCCAAAGGGAGGAGCAGCCCUGGGCAGGGAUGGCAGCGAUGGAGAUGAUUCCAGAGGAGACCACAGCCGCGGAGCCGAGAGAGGGUCUGACGGAGCCUGGCCCUGCCCCGUCAGCCCCAGGGGACCAGAAGCCCCCAGAGCCCCCCGGCCCCGCAGGGAGCCCUGGCACCCCCCAGGAGAGGACAUUGCCUGGUGCCACAGGGCAGCCCCCGGAUCCCACCGGGGCCACGGAACAGCUUGGCCCUGGGGGGCAACUGUCCUCGACAGAAGCAGAGCCACCCCCCAGCCCCUACCUCACCCCCGAUUUUGGGAAGGAAGACCCUUUUGAGAUACUGGAUGAUGUCCCUCCGCCGCCGGCGCCCUUCACGCACCGUAUCGUCACCCUGCGGUCCGGCGACAUCAGCUCCCGGUUCAACCUCAGCUCCAAGGACAUCCUGGGAGGGGGCAAGUUUGGCGAAGUCCACACGUGCACGGAGAAGCAGACAGGGCUCAAGCUGGCGGCCAAAGUGAUCCGGAAACAGGGUGCCAAGGACAAGGAGAUGGUGCUGCUGGAGAUUGAUGUGAUGAACCAGCUGAACCACCGCAACCUCAUCCAGCUCUAUGAUGCCAUCGAGACGCCCCGGGAGAUCAUCCUCUUCAUGGAGUUCGUGGAGGGCGGCGAGCUCUUUGAGCGGAUCAUCGAUGAUGACUACCACCUGACGGAGGUGGACUGCAUGGUGUUCGUCCGGCAGAUCUGUGAGGGCAUCCGCUUCAUGCACCACAUGCGCGUCCUCCACCUCGACCUCAAGCCCGAGAACAUCCUCUGUGUUGCUGCCACCGGGCAUAUGGUGAAGAUCAUCGACUUUGGGCUGGCUCGAAGGUACAACCCCCAGGAGAAGCUGAAGGUGAACUUUGGCACCCCCGAAUUCCUCUCCCCCGAGGUGGUCAACUAUGAGCAGGUCUCCUACUCCACGGACAUGUGGAGCAUGGGCGUCAUCACCUACAUGCUGCUCAGUGGCCUCUCCCCCUUCUUGGGUGACAAUGACACCGAGACACUCAACAACGUCCUGGCUGCCAACUGGUACUUCGAUGAGGAGACCUUCGAGAGCGUCUCCGAUGAGGCCAAGGACUUCGUCUCAAACCUCAUCAUCAAGGAGAAGAGCGGCCGGAUGAGCGCCGGCCAGUGCCUGCAGCAUCCCUGGCUCAACAACCUGGCAGAAAAGGCCAAGCGCUGCAACCGCCGGCUCAAGUCCCAGGUGCUGCUCAAGAAAUACGUCAUGCGGCGGCGCUGGAAGAAAAACUUCAUCGGGGUGUGUGCAGCCAACCGCUUCAAGAAGAUCACCAGCUCGGGGUCGCUGACAGCACUGGGCGUCUGA